AUGUUCGCACUGUCAAAGCCAUACUUUGGCAUGACCGGAAAAUGGCUCACUUUCUGGGUUACUGUCGCGUGCGCGACAGACAUGACACUCUUCGGCUACGACCAAGGUGUUUUCGGUGGUGUCAUCGUCACACCCGACUUCCUCGACCAACUUGAUCUCAACGGCAAAACGUCCUUGAUCAGCACCGUCACGGCAAUCUAUGACAUUGGUUGUUUUCUCGGCGCCAUUCUGGUUUGCGUUAUCGGCGAUCCUCUUGGAAGAAAGAACUGCAUCCUUUUGGGCACUACAAUCAUGAGUAUUGGGGCUAUCUUACAGAUUGCGUCUUUCGGUGUGCCAGAGAUGAUUGUGGGAAGAGUUAUCGCUGGGAUAGGCAACGGCAUCAACACAUCGACCGCACCGGUAUGGCAAGGCGAAACCUCCAAAGCGAGCUGGAGAGGCAAGCUCAUCGUCAUCGAAAUGAUUAUGAAUAUCGCCGGUUUCUCAAUGUCGAAUUGGGUCACCUAUGGCUUCUCUUUCCUUGGAGGAAGUGUUGCAUGGCGUGUACCACUCGCCUUCCAGUUCCUUUUCAUCAUCAUCCUAUUCGCAACUGUCCCAUGGCUUCCAGAGUCGCCACGAUGGCUCAUGAUGAAGGGCCGCGUCGAUGAGGCAGAAAAGAUCCUGGCAGACCUUGAGGCGACCGACGUCACGGAUCCGUUCAUCAUUGCACAAUCAAAGGACAUCCAGUGGGCAGUUCAGUACGAAAAAGACCACGCGAUUCGAUGGCGCGAUCUCCUCCGCGGUAGGACCGGGGACCAAGCGGGCACGCACACCAUCAGGAGAAUGCUGCUUGGUAUGGGCACGCAAGCCAUGCAGCAAUUGUCAGGCAUCAAUGUGACAAGUUAUUACUUGCCCACGGUGCUCAUCGUUUCAGUUGGUCUGACGAACAACAUGGCUCGACUUCUGGCUGCAUGUAACUCCGUGUCUUACCUCCUCUUCUCGCUUAUCGGUAUUCCGAAUGUCGAGCGUUGGGGACGACGAAAGAUGAUGAUGUAUGCAGCAGCCGGUCAAUUCUUCUGCUACUGCAUCAUCACCAUCUGCAUUCGAUACAACGAGAUGUCAUCUCUAGCAGAAACUACCCAGCAAAUGUGGGCGAAGGCUUCGAUUGCUUUCUUCUUCUUGUACUAUGUGUUCUUUGGCAUCGGAUGGCAGGGCGUGCCCUGGCUGUACCCCACGGAAAUCAACAGCAUGGCAAUGCGGACGAAGGGCGCCGCCCUCGGAACGGCGACAAACUGGAUAUUCAACUUCAUGGUCGUCGAGAUCACGCCGCCCGGUAUCGAGAGCCUCCAUUGGAAAUUCUACAUCAUCUGGUGUGUUUUCAACUUUUCGUUUAUUCCGAUAGGUCGCACACUCGAAGACAUCGAUCGCAUAUUCGUCGGGCAUGCACCACUACUCAUCUUCCGCGACAAAGAAGCCAUCGCGGAGAAGCGCCCGGAACGUUUUAUUCAAUUGGAGAACGAAGAAGUGAGGAGACAUAGUAGUGUGGUGGCGGCGCAUGUGCAGCUUGCAAAUGAGAAUUAUCGACACAGUGUGCAUGAAGACGAGAAGAAGAGCAGCGGUGAGCAUAGGAAAGAGAACGUUUGA